AUUGAGUUCUCAAAGUUAAUUUUUUUUUUAAUUAAUAAAUUUUAUUUUUCAUUUUUAUUUUUAUGUAUUUAUUUUUGAGACAGAGUCUCACUCUUGCCCAGGCUGGAGUGCAAUGGCAUUAUCUCAGCUUACUGCAACCUCCGCCUUCUGAGUUCAAGUAGAUUCUCCUGCUUCAGCCUCCUGAAUAGCUGAGUUUACAGGCACAUGCCACCAUGCCCGGCUAAUUUUUGUAUUUUUAGUAGAGAUGGGGCUUCACCAUGUUGCUCAGGCUGGUCUCAAACUCCUAACCUCAUGUUCCACCCUCCUCGGCCUCUGAAAGUGCUGGGAAUACAGGCAUGAGCCACCAUGCCUAUUUUUUACGUUUUUGAGACAGAGUCUCACUCUGUCACCAGCCUGGAGUGCAGUGGCACUAUCUCAGCUUACUACAAAGUCCGCCUCCUGUGUUCAAGUGAUUCUCCUACCUCAGCCUCCCAAGUAGCUGGGACUACAGGCACAUGCCACCACGUCCAGCUAAUUUUUGUAUUUUUUAGUAGAGACGGGUUUCACCAUGUUGGCCCAGAUGGUCUCAAUCUCUUGACCUUGUGAUCCGCCCGCCUUGGCCUCCCAAAGUGCUGGGAUUACAGACGUGAGCCACUGCGCCUGACCAAUAAACUAUUUUUCAGAGCAGUUUUAAGUUCACAGCAAAAUCAAGCAGAAAAUACAAUUUUCUCAUACACCCUCUGCCUCCGCCCACACACAACCUCCCCUUCUGUCAACAUUACACACCAUAGUGCCACAUUUGUUAGAAUUAAUGGACCUGCAUUGUUAUAUCAUCAUCGCUCAAUAUUCAGAGUUUACAAUAGGGUUCACUCCUGGAGUUGUACAUUCUAUGAAUUUGGAUAAAUACAUAAUGACAUAUAUCUACUAUUGUAGUGUCAUACAGAAUAGUUUCAUUGUCCCAAAAUCCUCUGUGCUUUGCCUGUUCGUCUCUUUCUACUCCCUAACCCCUGACAACCACUAUUGUGUUUACUCUCUCUCGGUAGUUGUACCUUUCCCAUAAUGUGUAGUUGGAAUCAUGUGGUAUGCAGCCUUUUCCCACUGGUUUCUUUCACUUAGUAUGCUUUUAGGUUUCCUCCACAUCUUUUCGUGGUUUGAUAGUUUGUUUCUUUUUAGUGCCAAAUACUCCAUUGUCUGAACUACCAUGGUUUAUCUGUCCACUACUGAGGGACAUCUUGGUUGCUUCCAAGUUUGGGCAAUUACAAAUAAAAUUGCUGUAAGCAUCCAUGUGCAGGUCUCUGUGUGGAUGUAAGGUUUCACUUCAUAUAAGUAAAUACCAAAGAACACAAUUGGUAGAUCAUAUGGUAAGAGUAUGUUUUGCAAGAAACUGGCAAACUUGGCCAGGAGCGGUGGCUCAUGCCUGUAAUCCCAGCAUUUUGGGAGGCCAAGACGGACAGAUCACGAGGUCAGGAGUUCAAGACAAGUCUGGCCAGCAUCCUGAAACCUUGUCUCCACUACAGAUACAAAAAAUUAGCUGGACGUGGUGGUGCACACCUGUAAUCCCAGCUACUUAGGAGGCUGAGGCAGGAGAAUUGCUUGAACCUGGGAGGCAAAGGUUGCAGGGAGCUGAGAUCGAGAUUGUGCCAGUGCACUCCAGCCUGGGUGAUGGGGUGAGACUUCGUCUCAGAAAAAAAAAAAAGAAAAGAAACUGGCAAACUCUCUUCCAAAGUGGUGUUAUCAUUUUUCCUUCCCACCCACAGUGAAUGAGAGUUCAUGUGGCUCCAUAUCCUCACUAGUAUUUGGUGGUGUCAGUGUUCUAGAUUUUGGUCAUUCUAAUAGGUGUGUAGUGGUAUCUCGCUUUAAUUUUCUUUUCCCCGAUGACAUAUAUCUUUGUGUAUCCUUAUUUACCUACCAUCUGCAGAUCUUCUUUGGUGAGGUAUCUGUUCAGUCUUUAGUGCCCACUCCCCUCUUUUUUGAGACAGAGUCCUGCUGUGUCACCUGGGCUGGAGUACAGUGACAUGAUCUCAGCUCACUGCAACCUCCACCUCCCGGAUUCAAGUGAUUCUCCUGCCUCAGACUCCUGAGUAGCUGGGAUUACAGGCAUCCGCCACAAUGCCUGGCUAAUUUUUGUAUUUUUAGUAGAGAUAGGAUUUUGCACUGUGUUGGCCAGGCUGGUCUCGACCUUCUAACCUCAGGUGUUCCACCAGCCUUGGCUGGAAUGGAAAUAGGGCACAGCUUGCAACCUGGGCAUGAGACUCAGAGGUCUGAGAUCAGCGGACCUCAGGAUUCGUUCAAUAGUGUACAUCUAUUAGGCACUUCUUUUUUUUUUUUUUUAAUUAGGCACUUUUAUACACCAAGUGCUAGGUACCAUCUACAGGCAGGACAGAUGCUGGGGAAACCAGUCUGACUGCCGGUACUCAGAAGUCAAGGUCUGGACGCAUAAAGAACGUGGCAAACUGUCCAUGAGAGGGUAGACAGGGAGCCUGGGGAUGAGUUCUGGUGGCAGCAGGCAGUACACAUCUGACAAACCUGACCAGCUGCCUGGGCAGAGGAGCGGGAAGGACAGGCGAGGUGUCCCUUCCCCCAGGGCACGUGGGGAUUAAAGUUGCUCCUGACAGCCACAUCCUAGCACUAGUGUGCGUUUCUCUCUAGUUUCUGAACAAGAACUUUGCUUAGCAAUUUUUUUUUUUUGAGAUGGUGUUUCGUUCUCGUUGCCCAGGCUGGAGUGCAGUGGUGCAAUCUCGGCUCACCGCAACCUCCGCCUCCUGGGUUUAAGCGAUUCUCCUGCCUCAGCCUCCCGAGGAGCUGGAAUUACAGGCAUGCAGCACCACGCCCAGCUAAUUUUGUAUUUUUACUAGAGAUGGGGUUUUUUCAUGUUGGUCAAGCUGGUCUCGAACUCCUGACCUCAGGUAAUCAGCCCGCCUUGGCCUCCCAAAGUGCUGGGAUUACAGGCAUGAGACACCGUUCCCGGCCUCGCUUAGCUCUUCUUACCAGACUCACUCCCUCAAGAGCAAGUUGCCCACCGUCACGGCCUCGCUACUCACUGACCUAGUUCUCAGCCUGUAGAUCACUCCUCUAGAAAGUCCGUCCCUACACCCUUAACUGCACAGCUAGUGUAGACACCCCUCUGUGUAUUCUCUUGGCAUCCUAUCCCUGUUCUCGGCAUCACUGAUAACCCUGUAAUGACCUGCUUCUCCCCUGCCAGCCUGUGAAUGCUUGGAGGGCAUAUAUGGUAUCCUCUGUUCACUGUUGCAUCUUUGACAUUGGGCACAGCAUUUGGUCUUUAGUAGAUGAUCAGGAAAUAUUUGUGGAAUGUAUGAUAUAGUCACAAAUUCUAGCUUCUCAUCUGCAUUUCAGUCUUCUAUUUUCAGCUACCUAGAGCAGUGAUCCCUCUACCUAACUAAUCAUCAGACUCUCCUUGGAGAUGUUUUUAUUUUGAGACAGGGUCUCUGUCACCCAGGCUGGAAUGCAGUAGUGUAGUCUUGGAUCACUGCAACCUCCCUGGUUGGGGUUCAAGCAAUUCUGGUACCUCAGCCUCCUGGUAGCUGGGAUUACAGGUGCCUGCCAGUAUGCCCAGCUAAUUUUUGUAAUUUUGGUAGAGACGGGGUUUUGCCAUCUUGGCCAGGCUGGUUUCAAACUCCUAACCUCAGGUGAUCCGCCUGCCUCAGCCUCCCAAAGUGCUUGGAUUACAGGCAUGAGCCACCACACCCAGCCUCCUUGGAGCUUUUUAGAAACUAAAAGAGCUCUCUGAUAGUAAGUGAAAAGUGCGUCUGGCAUGCUCCCCUUUGAAUGGGGAUGGAACGUCUCUGGAAGGGUAUGCAAAAAACAAGGUUGGUUGCCUAUAGAGAUGGGAAUUGGGCAAGGUGUAGAAGGGAGACUUUUGACUCUGUUAUUUGAUCUUAUAUCAUAUACAUUGCUUAUUGGUUUUAAAAAUUUAAGUAGAUAAUUAUUCAGGGGCCACAAUAAAUGCAUAAAAAAUUCAAGACCCAAUGCAGACCUAGGAAAUAAAUACCUCUAACAUGAAGGCUUGGGAAACUGUGUAUUUGAAUACUUCUUAAAAUGCCAGUCAUUGGCCCGGUUGGGAGUUGCCUUCUAUGAGAACAGCCCCACUUGUAGGUCCUGCAGUCAUGUCAAGGGUAAACUCAGCUCAAUGCUGGUCUUACCACCUUUCCCCUAAAACUUACUCUUCUUUCAACAUUCAACUAUCCUUUCUCCCCUCUUUCUGUACAGUCUUAUCCAUCCUUCCAGGCCAUGCAAUGUCUGCCACAAUGACAUUGGUAAAGAUCAGAGAUACUGCUACAUUGCUACAGUGACUCAUACCCAUCCAAUUCAUUCAUCAUGCCUUGAAUUUCAGCUUGCUUAAUUGGAGCAACAAUGUUAAUACACAGACUGGCACACACACAGAUACACACCCCUGCACACGUGUCCAGUACCUUUCACUUAUGCAGAGCAGGGAGUGCCGAUGCAAAGGUAAGAUGGGGGAGGCCUGGAGAGGCAUUUCCCAGUUUAUCAAGCUCAAGAGUCGGAUGCCACUGACACUCAUGUCCACCUCUUCUGGACAGUCCUCUGUGACUGUACUGGCCCACACUGACCUCAUUUUUUGAUUCCCAGUCACAGCAGUUUAGCACUGAAUUGUUUCAUGGGUGCAGAUGUGGCUCUCCAAAUAGACUUAAGUUCCUUGAGGGCAAACACAGACUCAUAGACUCAUACUUCUUUGUUAACUUUGUUAUCUAAGUUCAUUGCUGGAUUCUUGGUUGAUAAUCAAUGCAACUUGGGUCACUAACAUUCAUUUUUCAUUCCUUUUUUUUUUUUAUGAGAUGGAGUCUUGCUCUGUCACCCAGGCUGGAGUGCAGUGGCACGAUCUCAGCUCACCACAACCUCCACCUCCCAGGUUCAAGCGAUUCUCCUGCCUUAGCCUCUCAAGUAGCUGGGAUUACAGGCAUGCACCACCAUGCCUGGCUAACUUUUGUAUUUUUAGUAGAGACAGGGUUUCAUCAUGUUGAUCAGGCUGAUCUCAAACUCCUGACCUCGUGAUCCACCCGCCUCAGCCUCCCAGAGUGCUGAGAUUACAGACGUGAGGCACUGCACCCAGCUGACAUUCAUUUUUCUUUCUUUUCAUGGGGGUAGGAGGAUGGGGGGGUGGGGAGGAGUCAGAGAUCAAGAGAAGUCUCUCUUGAGAGGUCAAGGGGAAAUAAUAGAUACCCCUUAUUGAACAGCUCCUAUCUGAUAGCUCUUUGCCAGUGUUUUAAAAUACCUUAACUACUUAAUUUUUGACCCUUAUAAGGAACAUGGAAGAUAGCUAUUAUUAUCCCACUUUUACAAAGAAAUUAAACAAUAGCUUGUUUAAUUUCCAAUUCCUGCUCUAAAUCACAUACUCCUAGAAGAAGGGGCAGCGUGAGACAGUGGGGACACUCUGGGGAAUGAUGUCAGUGACAUUGAGGCCACCAGGACCUACCACCUGUGGAAGGACAAGGCAAUUGAGAGAAUUGAGUCGGAGAAGAAGGCCUUAAGAGAGAAAAGUCGCGGCAGCCCAGAAGACAGAGGCAAAAAUCUUUCUCUUAGCCUUGAUGCUGUUUUCAUGGGGUUUGGUGUUUUUAGUAUCUAAAAUGCAACUGAGUAGGAAUCCCAAGUUUCAGAUAAGGGUAUUUCUGUCUUCUUCUGAAGGAGCCUUAAAUCUUGACUUCUUGACAUUGGGCAAGAAGGAGGGAGGAAUAGUACCAUUUAGACACCACCUACAUGUGACACCAGGUGCUUUUACCCACAUUCCCUUGUUAAUUUUUUUUUUUUUUUUGAGAUGGAGUCUCCCUCUCGCCCAGGCUGAAGUGCAGUGGUGUACUCUCAGGUCACUGCAAUAUCCGCCUCCCAGGUUCAAGUGAUUCUUCGGCCUCAGCCUCCCAAGUAGCUGGGAUUACAGGCAUGUGCCACCACACCCAGCUAAUUUUUGUAUUUUUAGUAGUGAUGGGGUUUCACCAUGUUGGUCAGGCUGGUCUCGAACUCCUGACUUCAGGUGAUCCAUCCACCUCGACCUUCCAAAGUUCUGGGAUUACAGGCAUGAGCCACCGCACCCAGCCUCCUUGUUAAAUUUUUAUAACACCUGGAAGGUAGGUACCACUUAAUAUAUUUUAUAGAUGGGGAAACAGCCAAAGUUACUCCCUUUAGGAAUAACUUACCUAAAGUCACAGCCCGUCUGCUCCUCCUUGCUGCUUCCCUGGAUCAAGUGGUCUAAUCAGGUAAGUCAGCAACACAGUUGGGAUCUACGAGAAUAGUAGUAGGAGUGUCAUUGGCAGCUCAGGUGGAAUGAAAAAGCGCAGUUGUAAGCACCGCACAAUUGUGGACAGACCCUGUGGUUACUCAGUUAUUUCCUCCUCCAUUUUUUUGCAGUCAAGAGACAACAAAAAUCCCAGUAUUCCUGCAAGGGCUCAGAACUCAGACAUGCCAGAUCUUUUGUUAUAAAAAGGAAAACAGCAGAUAAAAAUCUGCUGGCAGAGCUGUACCAGUAUUCCAACUUUAACAGCUCCAAGCCAAGCGAGCUUCCCAAUGGAGUGGACUUCUGCGACAUGGUGGGCAAUGUGAUCCGUGCUGAGAGAAACCACGUUAGUGGCAAGUGUUUCUGUUCGGGUAGAGAAUUAGAGAAGUUUCUCUCUUCUCCUUCCCUAAGAGCCAUCUGGCUGGAUAGCUUUUGGUGGAUAUUUCAUGAGAGGUACCAGCCAAACAAGGAGCUCCAGAAUAAGCUGUUCGACCGGAUAGCCCGGAACUACGCCUUACUUUUGUUGCACCUCCCCAAGUCCCACUAUGAAGAGGCACUCUUAAAAAGGCUGCCUUCACUUCUGAGCAAAGCCGUGUACACCAGCUUCUGUUGCUGUUUCCCACAGUCCUGGUUCAACACGCACGAAUUCAAGUCUGACAUCUGUAACACAAUAAGCCUGUGGAUUUCAGGCACCUAUCCUUGCCCACAGAGCUAUGACAGUUGGGACUACUCAGAACUAGACCCGGAGCGAUUCCGCAGAGAAGAAUUAAUGUCACAGAGAGGAAGACUGAGAAACGAAAGGGAGUUUUCUUUGUUUACUGGUAAGAGAGCCUUAUUCCAGAAGCCAGCCCAGAGCAGGAAAUUCUACCACCCUCAGUCUUUUAGUGCAAAUUCACCCAAUGAAAAAGCCUCUUCGGCCAAGCAGAACUCAGAAAAAAGUUCACAAAUACAGAACACUGCAAAAGAGCAUCAUUUUCAGACCCCGGUCUUAAAGAAACCCACAGAAGAAGUCAAGAGAAUAUCAGAAGCAAGAGAAUGUGAAAAUAUGUUUCCUAAAAAGUCUUGUGCUGCCGGCAGAAGUCCUGAGAUGACCUCAAACCUCUUCAACAUUUAUGGGAGGAGCCCUCUGAUUGUGUACUUUCUCCGUAACUACGCCAGUCUGCAGCAGCACGGCAAGGAUGUAUUGAUAGUCAGAAGGGAAAAGACCACAGGCACCCCGGAGUCUACCCUGAUGUAUGCUGACAUCAUCAAAGAGACCCUGUGCAGCAUGAAGAAGCGGAAAGACGACCUCAAUCAGUUGUACCAGCUUCACCGCAGUGAAUGGAAUUAUUUUGACAAGUACCUAAAGGAACUGCAGGACAACUUCUCCAGGGAAAUGAAGAAUAUUGAUCAAAAAGCAGCAGAUAAAAAAAAGGCAAACCACGUGUUCAUCCCACCUUCUGCCUUCAGUGAGGAAUCACCUGACAAGAAAACUAAGGGAAGUUUCCAAAGAGAUAUCGAGUUUAAGGAGGGGAAAGGAGGAGAGGGAAAGAGAAGAGAAACAAAAGUUGAACAUUUCUCUCUACUCACUUCCAAGCCCCAAGGAACGCCACAACCUGGAACUAGGUUUCAGAACUACAGAAUCCGGUUCCUAGAACCACAGAAUCCAUGAUCUUUCUACUACCAAAUGAAGCAGAACAACAAGAAAAAAAGAAAAUUGUGGCCAAAGACUGAGAAAUAGGAAUCACAAUUAAACAAUAAGGGAAUGA